AUGAUACCCGAUAAAACUGUUACUGAAGCUUUAACACUUCUGCAAGUCUUCACGUCGUUCUUUCCUCAUAUUUAUCUGCCAUAUUUCUUGAACGUUAAGAGACUUUUUCAUUAUUCUUCAAUUCUCAAUAUUCGCGAAUUCAAAACCAUAACCAAUAGACUGAAAGAAUUGGGAGCUAAAUUGGACGAUGUCAAAGCCAAUGUCCUGAAGGAACAACUGUGUGCACAAGAUUACUUGAAGUUGGAGAAAGAAGAAAGAAAUUUGGAACAACAACGUGCUCAGUGCCAAACACUUCAAUUUAAGAUCCAGUUCACCGUAGAGAAGGAAGAAAGUGAGUCAAUAACAUUCCUAGAUGUUAAAAUCUAUCGGGAAAACGACCGUCUGUCUUUCGACUGGUAUCAGAAGGAUACGGCAUCUGAAAGACUUGUCAAUUUCCGAUCUAAUCAAGCCAAACACAUACGCAUGAACACAGCUUCCAAUCUCAUAAAUAAAGUCUUUGCGUUGAGUGACUCAAAAUACCACUCCGACAAUGAGAAAAAAGUAACACAAAUACUCAUUGACAAUAGCUUUCCGAUAAACAUCAUAAGAAACUUGAUACUUCGUCAAAAACAUCAAGUUUCUUCCGGAAAUAAGUUGGAAGAGAAGAAUGGUGUUUAUAAAAGUGUUGUGUAUGUUCCCAAACUCUCGGAAAAUUUCAAAAAAGUUGUCGCCAAAAACAACCCUAACGUGAACUUAGCAUAUAAGUCAAACCAGACAGUUGCAUCUUUAUUUACAUGCCUAAAGACGAAAACGGACAAGGAUCGCCGCUCAGACGUAGUUUACAAAAUAAACUGUAAAGGAAAACCGGACGAGCCAUGCAAUCUCUGCUACAUUGGCACAACUAAACAACUCCUUCGACAAAGAAUGGCUAACCAUAAAUCAGACAUUAGCCUAAAAAACCCGGAAAAGACAGCACUAGCAUGCCACACCAUCGAAACAGGACAUCAACCAGACUUUGAAGGAGUCCAAUUUCUUGCAACGGAGAAACAUACAUCCAAACGCUAUACGUUAGAAACACUUCACAUAAUAAAUAAGAAAAAUAAUAUGAACCGCAAACAAGACACUCAAAACAUAUCCGCAGUUUACUGUUCCUUAGUUUCAGACACAAACAAUUCCAACAGUUUACAUUUAACAGUGACAAGUCUUCAAAGUCGGAAGCGCUUUAAAUUUUAUUUGUUUUAA